AUGGUUGCCAUGUACACGAUUUUCGGCCGUCAGGUCGGAUCGCACGUUCUUGCGAUCGCCACGCUCGCCACCACAUUCACCGGUGCUGCGCUGUCCAUGGGCGGAAAGAAGGCCGAGGACCCGACUACCCCUCCCAUCAAUGCGAAGAGCAGUGAGGAGGAGAACUUUGUCAAGGAGUACGUCAAGAAAGCCGCAGACAAGGUUUCAGGAAAAUAA